GCAGUCUCACUGACAGCUAAAACUGUUGAAAUUGCCAUUCCCAGAAGCAAGAAAAAAGAAUUCACCACUCUUAGAAAGUCAUAUGCUAAAAUGUCUUCUAAUGUUUGCGAGGCUAUUGAAGAUGCAAAAAUUGAAUUGAAAAAGUUAAAAGCCUUUAUCAUUAGCAUGAACAAUGAACUUAAGGAAAAGAUACAACAGUGUGAAGAUAUUUCAAGCACACUAAGUGUUGUCGAUGAAGAAUGCUCAUUGGUUGAUAUUGAGCCUUUUUGUGGAGUGGUGGAACAGUUUAAAAUUGAAGCAGCUGAUAAGCACAUCAAAGAAUACCUUGAUACAUCAAAGGAAUAUUUUCAGUCUAAUCCCAUUGCUGAUUACCUUAAAAAAGAGCUCAAAGCUUCUGCGACUUACCCUUCUCUUCAGUGUGAAACAAUAACUUACGUUUUUGACUGGAAACCUGACAAGAAAACACUGGAUGAUAUUAAAGAUAUACUUUCAAUGACAUCUGGUAAACUAGUGAAGAUAAGAUAUAUCAAUGGUGGUUCCAUUAGCAUCACUUGCUCCUUUCCAUAUCAUCUCACUGGAGUCCUCAUUACACAGCUGAUGGAUAAUUUACAGUUUUUGAAAAAGAAUGAUUUGAAAAAGCUCACCAUUGGAUACUGGAUAAUGUGGGAAAGAGAAGGAAAAGAAGAAAAAGAGACAGAGCAAUUUCUGGAAGAGAAAGAGGCUAAAAUAAGCCUAAAAGAAGAAUAUCAAAAGGAAGACUGUUUUGAAAAAAAGGACAUUGAUGAGAAUCAAAAAGCAGAAGCAGAAAAACAGUUAAUAUUAAAAACGUGAUGGAAGUGCACAUGCAGACUUAAGGAAAGGCAUGGCCAUGGAAAUAGAAAAAUUGCG